UUUGCGGUCACCACAUAGCGUAUCGUGCUGUUUUUGUGUAUUUUCUCAAUUGGACAACAAUUUUAUGAACACGAGUGUGUGCACUACCAUGCAAAUAAUUAUAAGUGAAUAAAGAAAAUCUGACUGAUCAUCAUGGGUGAUAUAUAUGAAACCUCUGAGUAUAAAUCCAGAUGUAAAUCAUUGGACGAGAGUAUUUCCGAUCAACUUGUAGAUUUUGAAAGAUUACGCAUCUCAGCACUCACCAAGGCCGCUGAAAUAAGCCCUGUUGUAAGACAAGUCACUAUAGGCCCAAGAAGUCCUGCAAAGAAAGAACUGCAAUAUGAAGAAAAUUUGGAGGUUAGCCCAAAGCCGAGAAUUGUCGAAGAAGACUUGGUUGAUGAUAGAGUUAGCGACGAUCUUAGGUAUGCCCUCAUCAUUAAGCAAUAUGAAAAGAACCUGCGGGACACUUCCGACGAACUGUUUAAUAAUCUUUUAAACAGUAUGCUAGCUAGGCGGGCCGAGAGUAUGCGUAAUUAUUGGGCGAAGCAAUCUGAGGAGUGCGAGCGGCGCGCGCGAGAGCUCCGUGAAAAGAAGCUGCAGAUGCUCCAACACUUGCAUGAUAAUGAUAACCUUACAGUCUUAGAGCAAGCCAAAUUAGACGAGAAAAACGCACAAAUAAGUAACAAGCAAACUAUAGAGAAUAUGAACCGAAUUCUCGAAGAACAAAACCAAGCUACUGCACGCUUCGCCGCUGUAACAGACAGCCACACAAAAAUAUGUAUAUGCUACAAUGAAAUCACAAAUAUGUUACAAAAAGAUCCCCAGGGAAAGGCAGUAUGUGAGAAAUACAUUCCGGCAAUUAAUUCUGUAAUAGGAAACAUUAGUGCUAUAAUGGAUUUAUGUAAAACAGGGGCCCUUACUGACAAGAGUGUGAAACAGGCUGAAGUUUUAGUUUCAAACAUUGAAAAUAUUAGAAAGAAAAUGACAGAAGAAUUAGCCAAUAUAAAAAAACAGGAGUUAAUCAAAAAGCAGGAGGAAGAGGCUCAACAGCAAGAGAUUUUACGGCAGAAGCAGUUAGAAGAAAAAAGAGUACAGGAAGCUAAAGCAGCAGAGAUUGCUCAAAUAGAAAAAAGUUUGACAGACCAACAAAAAAAAUCGCAACCAAUGUUUUAUUCUCAAAACAACUAUAAUUACUUCCAGGAAUUAAAAAACUUUUUAGAUCAAUAUGAAAAUCAAUAUAAAGGCUUGCUUGAAAAUGUUAAUAUGAAAAAGUUUAGAUUUGACUGUCAGAAAGCUGUAAACACUCCAGUCAAUGCCAUAUCUUCUGUAAGCGGAAUGCACAUGAAGGACAAAUUUGACAAGCUUGCUAAACUUCUAAGAGGUGAGCAGGUGCAAGUUUUAGACACUUACGUCACAGCAACACAGCAUCCUCAAGGACUCUACUAUUGCACUGCCUUGUUGGCUAAGAAGAUAGUAAGACAAGGAGACUUGCUAGUGUCUAGCAAUCCUGAGGCAGCCUUUCCUUUAGCUGCUGUUACUGCAGCUCUCUGGUCCCAGUUUCCUGAGUUUGGCAAGCUCUUAGAAGCCUACUUCCACAGGUUUUGCCCAUACCUAGUGCCAAUGUUUUUACCUCAGAAAGAAGGACAAACAGACAAAGAUUUCUACCUAUCUAGAGGCUACACAUAUAAUGAUGAAGGUGUAGUAGAAAAACAAGAUAAGUUUCUAAAGAGAAUGUCUGGUAUAUUCAGGCUAAGAUGUGCAAUUUGGAUUGCUAAAACACCUAGAUUUGUAAAUGCUCCCAAUCCUCACGGCCCUCGGUUUGGUUGGCAGUGGCUGGCUUCCUUUGUAAACCUAAAACCUGAACCUGACAUAAGUGCCACAUUAAUUAAUGAUUUCUUCAGUGUAUGUGGUGCUGAAUUCCAUAAGCUGUAUGGGAAGCAGUUUGUGAAAAUAAUUAGACUUAUAAGCUCAGAAUAUCUUGCCAUAUUAGAGAAUAUUGAUGAAGGAGGCCCCAAGACCAGAUUGGAAGUGUUCUUGCAGGAGGUAUUAAAAACAGGAGUAAUACAGCCUCCUACUGGUAUUUUACCACCCAAUACUUGGUAGUUAGCAUGUAAGGAUACUGUGUUACUGACUAUACAUACUAUGUUGUUAUGGACAUACAUGACUCAUAAAAAUACCAUGUAGUGACUAGAGUCAGGCCAAGCUAACUCUGCAGCAAAUAUGAGCAUGGACUACAAAAUAUGUUAAAUCAAACUUUUAGGAAAUGAAAAAAUAACACAAUUUGUCAUUUUUAAAUGCUACAAAGUUGCUUUGGUCUAACAAUCUAUUUUCCUAACUUUGCUAUUUAAAUUAAAAAGUGUUAGUAAAAUAAGAUCCUAUGUUGUUAUACAAGCUCUAAGCACAAAUAUUUGAUCUGUUUUUUAUCUGUAUAAAGUGUUUUAAGGAAUUAGUAGUUAAUGUUAUAGGACAAUGCAUGACAGUUGUGGGUUAGCAUUUUCAUAACAUUGUACAGUGUUGUUUGAUGAGGAAACUAAAACAUUUUAAUCACACAUUUCUGAGACCAAAAGAAGGAAAGAAUGUCAUAAUAGCCUAACUUAAUAAUUCUAAAAAAGUAUUGUUUUCCUAAUAUAUUUGUACAUAAAAAGUUAAUGUUACUUGUAGAACUGACACUUUAUAAUAAAUGAUUUUUUUUUGCAAAAAGUUUCUGGACUUUGUCCAUCAAUAGGAAUAUGGCCCUAUAAUAGGUAUCAUCACACUCAAAAAGGUUUUGUGCAAAGUAAUAAUAAGAUUUUGUUAUACAUUUUUAUAUUGGUAGUUUCUCUGAAUCUGUCAAAUCCAGAAAAGUUUAUUAUUCCAUUUUAAUAUUUAUAUAAUAUAGUUUUUAAAUCUUUUGGUUCCAUGAUGUAUAUAUCAUUCUGUUUCCUCUUCAAAUUUGCUGCUGGAUAUUUAAAUAAUAAUUGCUCUUUUUUGUACUGGAAAUUAGUUAACAGAAAAAUGAAAUGUAUAAAUUAAUGAUCCUACCUAAUAGACAAGCUUUAAUCUUAGUGAAGCAUAGUGCUAUAUUUGGUGAACAUUUAUGUAAGUGCAGUGUAAGCUUUAGCCACACAGACUAUUCCAGCCGGUGUAUUAUGCUUCCAGUUUUAUCACUUAUCCAUGUGAGAAGACAUCUGUUACUCUCUCGCUGACAUAUUUGCCAAGCGUGACGGAUGCUUUAUCCACAUAGAUAAGUGAUAAAAUUGGAACCAUAAUAGGCCGGCUGGGAGGGACACAAUGUCAUCAAUGUGAAACAGUCAGCAUACCAUCAGUAUUCAAUCAUAAUAUCAAUGCUGUCAAUCAUUCUGUCAAUUCUGUGUAGCCUAAGCCUUAACAUUCACUAGCUCAUGACUGUCUACAUCUACAGUAAUAUGUCUAAACAUGGAAAUAACAUGUAUGUUUUGAAUAAAUUUAAUUUUUCUA